AUGGCAGGUGUGGUGUACCCCAGACAGGCCCCUGUGGAUUUAGACAUAUACCAAAGCUCCUACAUGGUUGACUAUCAACCCUACGGGAAGGACAAAUACUCCAGGGUCACACCACAAGAGCAGGUGAAGCUGGAUGCCCAACUCCGGGACAAAGAAUUGUAUAGGCCCAUCCCCAGCUCCAAGCCCAAGCUAGAGGAUGGGUACCCCGCCUUCAAAACACUCCACAUGACCGCCAGAGACCUGGGGCAGCCUGGCUUCUUCCCCCCGCAGGACCAUGGGACCGCAGCAGAGGACGAAUGCAGGUUCACCAGCAUCUGCCAUUCCGUGUACCCCGCUUCCCACACCCUGUACCUGGCCCAAGGUGAUCCCAACCGGGGCCGCCAGAGCACCAGCUUUCCAUGCCUCCUGGAGCCUGAGCGCCAGCCUGCGGCGGAGGUGGGCAAAGGCUACUUUCUACUGCCUGGCUGUCUCUGUCCUUAUCACCACAAAGUCAAGUUCCCCAUCUUGAACCGAUGGGGCCCCUUGAUGCCAUUUUACCAGUAG